AUGUACAGUGUACAAGCAACUGACUCGCAAGCACAACAAUUUCUUAAGCAAGAAAUCUCAACAACCACCGCCAUUCAACUCCACCGUCAACGUAGAACAAUUCCAACAACACCCAGCUACAGAAUCUUCGUCCAAGUGGUUGUGCCACGUUCGUAUGUUAAUGUAACUGAGGGUCACCAACCUCCCAAACCUAAUCCCACAUAUCCUAACAACGGAGGCGAGCUUCUUAAAUUCCUCAACGAGUUCAAAGCCAUCCCAAACCGUCUCAUAGCACUCCUCACCACUGCCCUCUCAAAUCUCACAAAUAUCAACAAUGCCAACUAA